GAGUGGACGCGAGGAGUUCGCGUUAAACUGUGGUGAAAUAAAACGCGUUUUCAACUAAUUCUGUGGUCGGCAACCAUUACCCGUAAAGCAACCAUUGCAACAAAAAAGGCAUUCUUAUGCUGAACCCCUUCGACAGAGCUAACCUUCGAACUUGUUUUCCUUCAAGGUGAAAUCUGUUUAUGUGUUUACAUGAACUAUAAAAUGAUUUCUGCUUUCAUCACCUCAGGUUCGCAAUAGGAGUGUGCUAUGCGUUUGUUUUGUGUAUGUUUGGAUUGUGUCUCUUGGAACAUGGCGACAACACGUACGUUCGCUUCUGCUCGAACUGUGUCGAAAAAGCGAACGGCGAAACGUACUCCACGGCCAGUGAAAAACAAUGACCAGCAGGACGAAUGCAUCUUGGAGUAGGGCCGUCGCUGUGUGAGUGGGAAAGCGCCCUUUUUCUAUCCGCAACAAACGGAGUCGAAUUCAUGGCCCACUAGUAUUCAUGACGAAGUGUUGUUUUGCCCAUCGAAUGCGACCAGCUGCAAGCUGCGAAAACACUUAUUUAUAAUUUCGCUAGUGAUUGGCACUGUUGUUGCUGCGCGCAAAUGAUGUUAUACACUUGUUCGUUCCCUGCCUCACCAUCAACAUGUUCGAUUCUCAGUGUUCUGUUGGCGCGAUUGGACUAGCGAUUGCGAGUAAGCUAACUACUGCUGUGUUUGUAUGAAGGCAAAGCAAUUAACUAUCAAACAAUGAAGGAAACAAGAACCUUCCGACGGAUGGAUUGAAGAGUUAAGUUCAUUGUGAUUUCAUCGUGUGGUUUUUUUUUCUACGUCUGUGGCGUUUGACUCCUGUCUGGUGGUCUGCCCGCAACCGGCAGGUCGGGUGCACGGCCUUCGGUGGUGGACAGAUAAGGUGCUACACAAACAAAUUCUCGUGCACAAAGGCAUGCACCCAUCGGUCAUGUACUGCCUUCGUGGUUCGCGUAAGGUCUGUAUCGGUUGUCUAGGGCACGACACUGAAAGCUAUGAAAUAGAGAUCCGCUGAUCCAAUUAAGUUGGGCCAAGUUUCGCCAACCAAACACUAAACGAUCAAUCUUCCACAUGCAACUUUAAACGAGAUAAAGAGAACGGGAAAGAGCGAAAGAAACAAAGAAAGAAAGAGAAAGAAAGAGCGAAAGAAAGAGAGAAAGAAAGAGCGAAAGAAAGAAAGAAAGAAAGAGGACUCCGUCACUAACCACAUCAUCCACCGGAACUUGCGGACCUCAACAGUACCUAGAAGUUGUACGGUGUCCAACCGGACCGGGGCCCAGCUGCCGCCGCCACUGACGACCAAGCAACAGUGGACAACGGGUGUCGUUUAACUGACGGCCAAGAUCACAGCAACGACGGUAGUGUCGCGGCCGUUGGAAGAAACGGAGGUCUGGUGGAAUCCCUUGUAUGUGGAUUUGAAGUAAAAGUUGGCAGCCUCAUCAGUGAGUCCGCAGUUGUUCCAGUCAGGCUACGUCUCACAACAUUUACUCCUACAUGAAGUAUUACCAAUGGAGUGGAUCUAGAGUUUGCGCGCAAACAACAGUGAUCCUGUGUGUCCUGAUGAUUCGUAGUACCCAAGAUACAUCAAGCAGAUACGGCAAUGGUGAUUGAACGACCUGCUAACCCAUCGAGUUCUAUCUCUGGCUGCACUCCGAUCUCCCGUUCAAAUGUUUGAUGAUUCUAGCUACUUGUUUGAACACAGCAGCGGGUGAGAUGUCGUUGUUCGUUACAUAUUUUGGAAGACAUCUACAAGCAGGCUUUCGACGGUAGCUUCUGCUAGCACGGGCGAGUUUUUUGCAUAAAGACUACGUAAAGAACAUGUUGUGGCUCGUCCGUAGAUCAUCCGUCUCGCUGUUCCGAUUGAUCGAUUUCUAAGCGAAAGUCGUCAGUUCGAAACCUGGCAGAACAUCAACUUGAAUGUAAAAUUUUAAGUUGGUGCUUAAUACGGCUGUGCCCGUUCCCGUAAUAAUAAUAAUAGAGAAAAAAUACGUAAAGAACCUUCCAAAUUCAGACAUUCAGAUCCAGACCGGUAGCAAUCUCGCGGUUCAGACAACCUUCCGGCAAUCAAACACAAAACAGCGGUAACCAGUUAAAGCCUAUCAAUUGCGUGCUGAAGCAAGAAUCGGUUGCAGCAGGAACGGAACAGCAACGGAUCCUUUGGCGACACAAUACGGUACAUGGAUAGCAUCCAGCUCUACACAUACUUUUACUACUACGGUUACUACUUUUAAUAUAACUGUAUAGCAAGUACAAUGCUCAUUCUGACAUUUCACUCGCACGCACUUCUUCUAUCGCUGAUUUACGAUUGACUUUCAAUUGUGCUACAGAUUUGUGUGGAAUUCUAAGAAAUUGUUAACGUUUUCUCGCAAACACAACUGUUUGAGUAUUGGAUUUCCGCCAAUUUGAAAGUAUCAUUCCAGUUGCAGAAUGAAUGCUCGUUCGCAAACCUUUGACUUGCGAAUGGAAGGCCGGCAGGUGGAUGAGGCGGUGUCCAGCAUUUUCCACACGAUCCUGUUCCAUCGCAGCCUGGGGAAGUUUAUGUACACGGGCGAAGCGAUGUACUCGGUCGGUACAAUAGGCUACCAUGAUGUCGAUUGCGACUUUAUCGACUUCACGUAUGUUUGCUGUACAUCACCCGCGCUCGAACAGACGUUGCGCCGUGAAAUCGGCAACUUCAGCCGGCAGCUACGUAGCAACGACAGUAGCGGCACGGGCCAGAUUUCGCUUGAAUUUUAUCAGCGUAAAAAAACACGUUGGCCGUUUACGACCGAUUGCAUCCCAUGGGAGGUGUGGACGAUACGGCUUGAACUGAUCACGCUCACAAACGAGGAUGAUCGGCUUGUGUGCAGAGAGCGCGUUGGGGAUAUGCUCACCGACAAGAUUUUCUGUAUCACUGAAAUCAUGAACCGGCAUGAUUACGUGCCGAAAAUACCGAACCAGACCGAGCUGGACAUGGUAUUCGAUACGAACUACCCGGAUGUGCAGCCGUACCUUUUUCAGUUCAAGUUCAGCACCGCCAGUCCAACCGGUACCCUAGUUGGAAACACGAUGAAAAAGUUGAUUAAGGGAACAUUCUCUUUGUGACUAACGCGUACGCAUGCUCUUAUGUUAGUGAAAUUGUGUGCUGGUGCGGACUUUUGUGGUAUUCGCUUGUACCAUUCUUUACUAUGUAUCUGUUCCCGACCAUGCUUUUAAUGUUGUUUGUUAUUUGUUUUAGAAUCGCAAAAGAUUCUAUCGUUUUUAUGUUUGUUUGCACGAGCAAAGUGAAUGACGGAGUAUGCUAACCGUGGAGUUUCGGCUUAAUGUAUACAGGUGCUGUUCGUACGAAUUGGUAUGUGCUACGUUUUGAUGCCGAUCCCGAACAACGAGGCUAGUUGUUGGCGUAAACACAAAAAAGAAAUUAUUUUUCAUUUCGAAAGAAAAUAACUAUUUUAAGGGUUGUAUGAACAUUGUUCUUAACCGGUUUUACAACAAGACAUUUAACUGCAGUGUAUGAAGAGGAGUAUCCGUCUAAUCUGACCCGGGUAUCAAGCAGCAUGCAGCGGAAUAACAAUGCUCGAGCGUGAUGCAAUUUAAAUAAAUUAGGAACAGCGACUAAUAACAUAAUUAAACAGUAUGAUGUCUCGAAGAUAUACAAAACUGGCGGCGAGCUACUAGUAGCAAGUGAUAAGAUGAUGAAGACAAAACAAACACGCGCGACUGAUGAUGAUGAAACUGCAAGCGCUAUACCCACAUCCCUGCAAUAAAUGUAUAUAGAAAAGCACACUGUUAUUUAUAAGCUGUAAAGAGAACCGUGGCAUAGCGUUUGUAUGGUAGUAGAAGAUAGGUGAUUACCAGCAUACCUAAUAAUGGAUGAAACAAUUGAGUUACAUGCACAGUCAUACAAGUAAGGUUUCUGUUUGAUGAUGUAGUGAUGCCCCUUAUCCCGUGUUCGUGUUUAGUUUAAAGGAAAUUUUAAAGCAAAGGCUGUACCCCAAAUUUAUGGGGUUUCGUUUAUGUUUAAAAAACCUAUAUGUACCGGACGAAUAGAUGCCCUAGAUUCGCUGUAGAUAUACGCACAUGUACAUGUAAAAGUAUCGUUGCGCCGACUAAAAAAUGUAUGGCUUCUCUUAAUGCUUAUAUGCGUGUGAAAAAUACGGGUUCCAAUCGCUAAACGUCGUAUGCUUUGUACAAGAGUACUUGAAGAAGGUUGCCUAAAAGACACAUGAAACUCAAAACCCUUGCGUUACGCUUAACAGGAGAAAGGCAACACACAGUAUACUUGAAAAAAGUUUAGUGUAUUUAAAAAAAUCAUGAAUCAGGUAACGUCUUGUUUGAAGCUAAAAUGGUAGCAAAACUAAGUAUGCAUCAAAAGAACUUGUAAAAUAUCAGAGAUACAAAAAGCAAACUAUUUUCGUAUGCACACUUCACUGAGUUGAUAGUCGCUACAUAAACGGCCCACGUUCUAUGUUGUACACCGCUGGAUGUUACAUAGUGCAAGACGUGCCGUGCCUUGCGGAUGUUUAGUUUGUAAAUAAUUUUUUUACAUUAUUGUUGCUGCGUGUACACCGUGUGUGCACCGUGUAACCGUGACCAACAGUUUCAUCAUGUCUGUGUUUUCAUAUUCCAGUGUAGCGUUGUGGUUUUAAUUUUUCAUUUCAAUCUAUAGGACUUAAGUGACAUAUUUACCAAAAAUGCGGAAUGCGAUAAUAUAACAAUUAUGUGCAAUACUAAUUGUUUCAGCAUAUAUCGUUCAUAGCACAUAACGAGCAGAUCGUGGCAAAUAAAUCGAAGAAAGGAUUUAGGUCCGAAACACGUAGGAUGAUGUUCGAAAUGCGUUUGAAGAUUUUCAACCAAUAGAUAACUAGUGUAUCGAUGACUGCAAUAAUGCUUUCAAAAUUGAAACGUUGUUGUUUGAAACGAUGUUUUCUAUUCUACUCUAACUAUGUAAGUAGUUUUUCUCUCGCAAUGUUUUUUUUUAUUAUGAGCUUCUGAAUUCAGGUUUGAAAUAAAACUGUUUUGCAAUGUUUUAUUUUCAAUUAGCAGUAAAAAAGUAUAAUAAACCCCGUUAUGAUCGCAUUUGCUCGUUCAAGAUAGAGAAUAUGUAAAGUGCGCGCUAAUGAGGCUGCGUAAUGUAAGUUAAACAGAUAACGGAAAUUACCUGCGUCCCACCUACGUCAAGGAAAAACACAAGAGCAUGCGUGCGGGCUUUAGAUACAUUGAGAUACAUGUAAAAUUAAAAUAUCGCAGCAAAAUAAAUAUCGAAAUUGAUAACGUUAAAUAAUGCACAUAUGGCCAUGUUAAAGAAGCUACAUGAUGGGUUUAAGAUACGCAACGAAUGGGCAAGACAAAAAGACGUUACAACGUCAAUUUUGCUUUCCAGAAGCGUAAUGCGACCAAAAG